UUUGGUGAAUUUUCGGGGAGGGGUAACCCUCGCGACAGCUUCAUCGAUUUGUUGUCGGGAAAACUGAGUAAGUGUUCACUGGUCAUGUUCCCCAGCUCCCUAACGUCCACUCCUUUUUCAGUAAGGGAUAUAUUGAAUCUGGAGCAGAACCAGGACGAGAUGGCCUCUUUGGAAAUAUCACCACGGCUGGAGACCGCGGUCCCGACUUCGUCAUGUAUGCUGGCGAAGUUCAAACAGGAGCCCCUGAUAGAGAUGCAGGCCGGGGUCCCCGUGUUCAGCGAAGACGCGGCCGACCUUAAAGGCAGCAAAAACUCUUCUCUUAACUUCACUGCUACCUUUUAUGGAAAGAACUUCCUGGAUAUGGACAUCAUCAAAGAGGCACGGGCGGACAACACAUUAGAGGAAAAGGAAAGAAAAGACGAACAGAGUGACGACUUAAAGACCGAGGACACGGAGCGACCGAGACAGAGGAAGAGGCGCAAGCCGCGCGUCCUCUUCUCUCAGGCCCAGGUUUACGAGCUGGAGAGGCGCUUUAAACAGCAGAAGUACCUUUCGGCCCCGGAGAGAGACCACCUAGCCAGCGUGCUUAAACUCACGUCAACCCAGGUGAAAAUAUGGUUCCAAAACCGCCGUUACAAGUGCAAGAGACAGCGCCAAGACCAGACUCUGGAGAUGGUGGCCAUCCCGCCUCCAAGGCGCAUAUCGGUUCCGGUCCUGGUUCGGGACGGAAAGCCCUGUGUGGGUGAUACCUCUGCAUACAGUUCUUCCUACAACGUGGGCAUGAACCACUACGCGUACAACACGUACCCGCACUUCGCUAACUACCCAAAUCCCGGUUGCAACACAAACUACGCCUGUAAUUACGCCACAGGAACCAUGCCGGCCAUCCAGUCACCGCCAGGCAGCAGUAACUACAUGAACAUCAGCGUGGCUGAGCUCAGUAACGUCCAGACCCAGUUCCAGUCAAGCAACGGAGUCUCUUCCCUGCAUGGUAUAAGAGCCUGGUGACGACAAGUCAAAAAAGCCUUUUUUUAACGAAACACAUCAUUCUUACACAUUUCGAAGGCGAAAGAUGUGAUUUAAGUGGCGGCCACUUCACAGCCCCUUUUUUAUUCUUACAAAAAAAGCGAACUGUAAUGAUUGUAUUUAACAGGCGUGUUUUUUGUGAAUGUACAUAAACGAGGGCACUGGUAACCAACGAUGAUCGGAACACCCAAUGAAUGGCUUUAUCGAAACGUUAAUUUCUUCUUUAUUAUUUUGGCGAUAAAAUAGGAAAAAAUGCCUAUAUGUAUCGUGGAGAUACACUUGAUUUUUACCCCUCAAUGUAACAAGAUACGCUAAAAUUGUACGUUACAUUGUAAGAUUGGCCUGCUGUAUGGUUUUCCCCUCUGUAUGUCAAUUCCCGCAAAAAAAAAACAAGUUUGACGUUUUGUUUAUAGAUUUCUUUGUAUUCCUUAUUGUUAAUAAUUAGCAAUACACACCGUGAAACUUUGCUAAAACGACACCCUUCUGAAAAAAUACAUAGAAAAGAGGGAGCAUAAUAUAAUUCGUCAGGAAAAUUUGUUGUGGCGGAGCUUAUAACUUAACAUUCAUUUCUUAAAGGAAAUUCGAAGCAUUUUUUUCCUCCAGUAAUCGGGAAUAUUAGCCUCGUGUACCAUUGUGCUAGAGGAAUGUAUUAGGCAGUAUGUACAGUCCCCAAAAUAUACUAUAGGAAUUACAGACGCAAUAGAGACCAAUCGAAAAACACGUCAAAUCGAAUGCGGUAACAUUCUACAAAACAUGAGGUUACACAGAAGAAAAAGUUACUUCUAACCAAAUAGAUAAAUUACUAUCUAUUUCUCUGCGUAAAAGCUAUAACUACAGAGGGUUAGCGCGAUCGGAACUAUUCUAGUGAAGAUAACUAAAUACUUGUUAUAAUAAAACAUUUUGACUACAAUUAAGACCUACUGGAGAAUAGAUGAAAAUUACUGCUUUUCAACGACUGCCGUAAUUAAGCGAUCUGUUUUUUUCGCUAUAUACCAUUUAUCGAAAUUACAGGAUAAACGCAGUUGUUCGGUAUUUAAUUGUUACAUCAUUAAUUUUAAUUAUUUAAUUAUUUAAUUAUUAUUAUUUUAUAAUUAUUAUUUUAUUAUGUUGCUGUCAUUAACAUUUUAUGACUAUUACAAAAUUCCAUCCCUCUUCCGUCCGUUUAUCUAUCACAGGGUUGCAAGGUAUAAAAAAAACAUUAUAUAUAUAUAUAAAACAUAAGUUUCGAAAAUUGGAGUUAGAUCGGUGAGUAUAGCAACAACACAGCUAUAUAACUUCUGGUUUUAAAAUACAUUUUUAAGCCCAACAUGAAAACAUUUCCAAUAGAAUACGCAACCCAAAAAAAAAACGUGAUUAUGUCUGAGAAUAACAUUCACCAAUAGCAUUUCUGAAAGUCUUUGAACACUGGCAGAUGAUAGGCUGUUAACAAUCAUUCCCACACCUGUACAUCCUGUCGUUUUACAAAAAGACGAUCAAUGUCACCUACUAUUGGCUAAAUUCAGCCAAUUUAUGUAUAUACAUUUCGCUUCGAGCAGCGCUUAAGGAUCGUCUUGGCAAAAUGUUGGAAAGAAAUAUUUCAUAGGCCCACGUGUUUAUUAUAAUUUAAAGUAAACUGUUAUUUAACACCAUAAAUGCUCAAACCAUGUUGAAUGAGUGGGCUUUUUUUUCUCUCAUGACCUGAAGAAUGUUGCUUUUCAACAGGAAGGCGCGCAAACUGUGCAACUCAAUGCAUUAUUUUAAAAAAAUGGGUAAAAAAAAAACUAUUUAAUUAUCUUAAUGAAUGAUGGUGCUCUCAAUUCAAUUCCAAGGUUACCGAGAAAUAUUUAAGUUGUUCGUUAAAAGCCUAUUCUAGCUGUACGUUUAGAGAUAAACAUCGCAAGAAACCGCGGAAAAUCUGAAGGCGAA